AUGCAUGCAAAGAGAUGGCAGAUCCAAGGGGGAAGCAAUCUACAAAACUGCAUUUACAGGCGCCACGUCGGAGAUCUUAGCUUGCAAAGCACCAAGUCCAGGAAGGAGACUCUCAACAAACCUGAAAACAGAGACAUAUCAAGCUCUUAUCCGAAUCCGGAUUGUGAAGAUUCGGGGGCAGAGAAGCGUAGAGAGAGAGAGAAACCUCAACAACUGCAUGAUUGA